AACACUCCCUCUAUCCAUCCUCACUCUCAUAUCCCUCUGCUAAAAUAAGCCAGUGAGGUAAGCACCCGAGGCCUCCCGGGAUGGGUUUAUAGCCCCUGCUCCUUGUGUGCUGAGGAGUCCGAGUGGAGCGUGGAGGCAUCCCAGCCCUCAGUACGGGAUAAACCCCCCCAGACUUCAGCCUCAGCACCCCACGUACAGGAGACACAGAGCAAGAUGAUGAUGAUGAUGAUGAUGAUGAUGCAGCCAGGCUUGGAUGACAUGACUAAGCAGAGGAUCUUGCAGGCUAAGGCCCUGUGUAAGGAGGCCAGGGGAGAGGGUCCGAGCCUCGGGAAGAAGAUCAGCGUCCCAAGGGACGUGAUGAUGGAGGAGCUCAACCUUCCAUCUAAUCGAGGCUCUCGCAUGUUUCAGGAGAGACAGAAGAGGGUGGAGAGGUUCACGCUGGAGAAUAUGGCUAACGACGCCUACAACAGCAGCACUGUCCAUCCAGAGGCCAACCCUCCCCCGCAGAUCUUCACUGAGCCGCAGGGGGGGAAAGAGAACCAGGCUUUCUCCGUCCCUGGUAAGCACAGCCUGGCCAUGAACCUUCAGAAGACUGUAGCAAAGAAGGGCAGUCCAGAUGUCCUCGCUCCAGGAUAUUCGGGUCCCCUGAAGAACGUUCCUCACGAGAAGUUCAACACAACAGUCACUCCCAAAUCCUACCGCUCCCCGUGGAGCAGAGCUCUGGGGGACAACGUAGAGCUCCUGGACGCCAUAAAUACCCAGCUGCCCCAGCUCCCACAGACACGACAACCUUCCAACUACAGGUGCUUCAACAGAUCGGCGCUGCCAUUCAGCGGAGCCACAGCCAGCCAGAGGGGGAUCCCAGUGAUUGGCUUUGAUGCAGUGGAAUCCCAAAACCUGCCCCGCAUCACUCUGGACCGCAUGUGUCGACGGCCCAACUUCAACAGAGCGCCAAGGGGGUGGGGCAUUGGUUACAGCCCUGAAUCCAAUGAACUAUGAAAGGGGCUGAUCAGCUAAAGACUGAAGCGAUGACCUCCUCCAACGAAGCAGGAGGCCAAGAAACACACGGCUGCAUGUUUGACGUGGUUUUCUACGGCUUAAGAGGUUUGGACAGAUGAGGUAAACUCAAACCCUUCACUAGCACCGUGGAGUCCAACACAACGCCGUCUGGGGUUAAACCGCUUUGUUUCUGUUUGUUAUCCGUAGCUGUGUGAGAUCCAGUCAAUACCCGACACCCUUCUUUUCCAACUCA